CUAGGGUAUAAAAACCCCAAAUCACUCCCCCCCAAAUUCCAGCGGGAGCAAACGUUUAACGAGAGGGAGCUUCAGAAGAAAAGCUCCUCCAAAUCCUCGCCACCCGAUCCUCUCACGUCUACAGUCGGCUAGAUCGUGUGCAGUGACGGAGAAUGGCUACUUUCGAAUUGUACCGGAGGUCGACGAUCGGGAUGUGCCUGACCGAGACUUUGGACGAGAUGGUCCAGAGUGGUGCUCUCAAUCCAAACCUGGCCAUACAAGUUCUUGUCCAGUUCGACAAGUCUAUGACUGAAGCUUUGGAAACUCAAGUGAAAAGCAAGGUCACUAUUAAGGGACAUCUGCACACCUACAGAUUUUGCGACAAUGUUUGGACCUUCAUAUUGCAGGAUGCUUCGUUUAAGAAUGAGGAAUGCCUGGAGACUGUAGGCCGGGUGAAAAUUGUGGCGUGUGAUUCGAAGCUGCUCACGCAAUGAGAUACCCAUGGUCAGUUGUCUAUUUAAUAAGGAGAAUUUUACAGUCCUUUGUUGGUAGUUGAGGGAAAUGGUGGCAAGAAAGUGGGUGUUUGUUUGUUACAUGUAGGAACUCAGUGAAUUUCAGAGAUUGAUCAUGAAUUGGCUACCACCCAUGAUGAUUGUAGUUAUUUGAUGUCACUUGGAUUAUGGUGUAAGUUUAUGGGACGAAUCUUCUUUCUUCA